UUAAAUUUGACAAAACAAAAAAAAAACGAGUGACAGGGAUAAAAAUAACAAAUGAUAAAGUUUCAUACAAAAAAAGGACAUUAAUUGGAAAGAGUUUUGAGAAGCUAAAUACCAUAGUGGAAUAAUAUUGAAAUUGUUUAAUAAAUAAAAUAUAUUGAAAAGUUGUUACGCCUGGCCAAAUGUUGCCAACAAAUAUGCUAGUGGGAGUGUAUUUAGCAGUCACGUCGUUAUGUACAUUCUUUGAAAUGACCAACUCUAGGACAUCAACAAUGUGGAAAUUAAAUGCUGAGACUGGAAAAAUUCAAAAUCUCGAUAUAGUGGGAGAUGAAAUGAAAAAUUAUGCUUCUUUAGAUGAAGAUAUGCUUUACAAUUUUAAUGCCAUGGCUGAGGUAUAUUCAAGAGAUGAAACGUUUUUUACGAUUGUGUCUUCCACUCGCAUUGAUAGCCACAGUGGUUGGUUACGUCAGUCAGCUGAAAAUACUUUGGAAUCAUUGCUAGAAGCAAGAAAGCUAAAGACUGAAAACUCUUCAAGGGUUAAAAAUAGAAAAACACAUUCGUUUACACCCAGUAUAACCAUGGAAAAUAAAAUAGCACUAAGAAAUAAUACUCAAAAUGUGGAUACAUUGGAUUGUGGUCAGCCAGUUAACUAUACCAACUAUGAUUACAUUAUAAAUUUAGGAGCUCAUUAUAAACACAAACAAACACCAGCAAUGCCUGAACCGGAUGUAAUAUAUUUCUUCUUGCAUUCCCAUGACCAGGAAGACUAUAAAAACUUUAAUGUUGAAGCCUUAGAGAAACGUUUGAAACGUUUUAAGAAACAAAAUCCUCUAUCUGCUGAACUUUAUCACCACAUAGGAAACUACUGGCGUAUCAUUGGCGAUCCCGUGCAGGCCAUUAAAUGCUUUCGUCGUUCAUUAGAUAUAACACCAGCAGCAUCAGAGGUUAUGUACGAUUUAGCUAAAGUACUAUAUAAUUUACAAUAUCUAGAUGAUGCCAUACAUAUGGCACGCAGAUCUAUUGAAUUUCAAGCACCACCUUUUACCGCGUGGCGGCAAUAUUUAUUACUGGGUGACAUAAUGAAAACCUAUGGAGAUUUGCGUGGUUCUAUACACUAUUACCGCUUGGCAUUAGAACUGAAUCCAACACAAGAACUGAUUUUGAGAUCUUUAAAUGAAGCUGAGCACAGGCCAACAGCAACGUUGCACAUUUAUACUAUUGUUAUAAUAGUUAUAUUAGUAAUAAUGGUUUUAACUGUUAUUCUAACAUCAAUGAUAACCGAAGUUCGAGCUGAUCAUCAUUAUACAAAUGGUCAAUGUACCAGUAACUCAGAUGCGUAUGAUGUGAAACCCCAGCGUCAUUUUAAUCGUGCCAUGGCUAUGCGUUCUUUAAAGGGACUAUCAAAUGCACGCUCCUCGCGUCAGCGUAAAUAUUAAACAAUUACAAAAAUAUAUUUGGUAUUUAAAUACUUCUUAAGCUUAUUUAUGUACUUUUUUCUUAUUAUUUCUUUUUAAUUUACAUUGACUGUGAUAGCUUUUAAAUUAGUCAUAUUUUUUCGAUUUCUAUUUAAAAUACUAAAUAUAUAUAUUCUGGUACUUAAACCCAAAUAAUAAAUUAUUAAACCAAAGAGAACAAUUUCAAAGUAAUUUGAAAAGAUUUUAAAACUUUAAUGAAAAUUGUACGAAUUGUUUUGUUCGUGUUUUCGGCUGAUGUUGAAAUUACACUUUUCACAUUAUACAAAUUAAAAUAAAAAAUAUAUAGUAUUUCAUAUUUAAGUUUUAAUUAACAUGUAAACGUAUCUAUUAUGUAUUAUGAUUUUAAUAUUCACUUAAGAAAAGAACAAAAUAAAUUGCGCACACAAUUAAGAGCUAUUUAAAAACAAAAAAUAAAAAACAAAUAAAGUUCGCAAAGAAAGUUUCGAGAUUUUUAUAAA